AUGGCUAGUCUUCCACCAGGAAAUCUUGCGCUUGGGGGCGGUGACCCUCGAAGAUCGUCUUUCCAGUCGGAAAACACCAGAACUGAUGUAACGCCUAGAGAAACUAGCAAACGUCGAGAAGUUAGUUUCGAAGAGUACACUUACUAUGCAGCUAUCACACGAGCCGAGGAGAAAGAAGCUAAUGCUCGAUUCAUAGCCGCCCGUGGUGCGCGAAAUUUUAAGAACGUAGUUAAAGGAAGGUUUUCUAAUGGCCGGCUGGAACGCGAGGCAUUCAACCAAGCACCCGACUCACUCCCCAAUGGCGAAACGGAUGAAAAGGGCCACCAUGAGAAGAGUCUUCGGAUUGCGCAAAGCCCCAGUGACGCCAACAACGGGAUCACGGAAGCCCAACGUCACACUGCGAGUCGAGCAUUAAGGACAGCUAGCUGGGGAACAAUCUUUUACCUCAUUACGACUGACAUAUUAGGUCCGACAGGAGCACCAUGGACUUUUGCGCAAAUGGGUUACGGCCCCGGAGUCGCCCUGUAUACUGUAUUUGGCGCCAUGUCAUUUUAUUCGGGAUGGAUCCUAUGGAAGGUCUUCUGUGGGUUGGAUUCCAAUCAAUAUCCGAUUAGGGGAUACGGCGACUUUUUCUAUCGUAUAUUCGGUUCCUGGGCUCGUCACUUUGUCAAUGUCGCACAGGCCCUUCAGAUGCUAUUGUCUGUUGCGGUUCUCAUUCUUAGCAAUGGGCAGAGUAUCUCACAGAUCAGUCGUGGUUCAUCUGGAGAUAGUAUGGGAAUCUGCUUUGUGGCGUGUAUGAUCAUUUUCAUGAGCGCUGGUCUUCUUCUAGGACAGAUCCGAACUCUACAGAGGCUUGGAUGGCUCGCUAACCUCUCCGUUUGGAUGACGGUGAUACUCGUACUAUUGUGCAUGGUGUCUGUAAAGUACGGACCAAAUUAUGCGGCGAUAGAAGCGAGUUUCGGUAUGCCGCCGGGCGAGCCGAUUCAAACAUUUGCUGGAACACCGCCUCCUGGAUUAACCACUGGCGGCACAGGAUUCGUCGCGUCUCUAAACGGGCUUAAUGUAGCCGUUUACGCAUAUGGUGGCGCAUUACUUUUUGCUGCUCUGAUGGCAGAGAUGAGACACCCACUGGAUUUUUGGAAAAGUCUCCUCGUCGCCGAGAUAUUCAUCUAUGUAACUUAUAUCUUCUUCGGCAUCUUCGUGUACUCAUAUCAGGGCCAAUAUGUGUAUAACCCAUCGGUUCAGGGUAUUGCGGUCUACAGCAUCCAGACGGCUGCAAAUAUCUUGAGCUUGGUUAGCAACCUUAUAGCUGCGGUACUGUACAGCAAUAUCGGCCUUAAGGUGGUAUAUAUGGAGGUAUUCCACGAACUCCUAGGAUUUCCAGACUUGACAACAAAGACUGGCAAGAUUUGGUGGGCUGCACUCAUCCCGGUGUAUUGGGUGGUUGCGUUCAUUGUCGGGGCAGCUGUGCCGCAAUUCUCGUACGUAGUCGGCCUAAUCGGAGCACUUUUCAUAUUAUCCUUCACCUAUACCUUUCCGGCUUGGUUAGCCGUUGGGUACUGGGUCAAAAAGGACGCAAUGGUCGAGGAAGAGCUAAGAUUCGACCCGGUGACUAAUACAUACAAUUAUGUGGACCAUGGUUGGAAGCGAUGGAGGCGCGGGUUCAUGAAGAAGCCGUUCUUCAACGCAUUCAACAUCUUCUACUUCUUGGGCGCUUUGGUGACGUGUGGACUUGGGUGCUAUAGUAGCAUCGAGAGCCUCCGUCAAGCAUUCGACAGCAACAUUGCUACAAGUCUGUCAUGUACACCUCCGCUCUAA